AGAAAGAAAAAUGAAUGAGGAGCGCGCGAGUGAAAUUAUGAAUGAAGGGUCGUGGAAGGUUGUGGCGUUGAUUGUGCCGCUGACGUUGUGUUUUUUGCUGAGUCUCGGGCUGGUGGAGCUUGAUUAUGCCGUGGCUCGGAUGAGGAAUGUUACGGCAAUCAUUGCCCAAGUUGACUCCAAUAACGCCUCGAUGGUUCGCGAACUAGCCAAUGCCCUGGGCAUGUCAAGUCUUACGGAACUGCAGGCUGCCCUCAUCAUCGGACUGAUGAUGUUGGUGAUGGUCGCGAUCGUGACGACGGUCGUCGUGAUCCUGUACAGAUAUCUGCAUUGCUUGUGGUGUCUGACUGGGUACGCAUUUUGCGCCAUCACGGUGCUGCUUGGGUUCCUCGGCACUCGGAACCUGGCGAAGAUCUGCUCUCUUUUAAAAAUCUAUGUCGACUACGUAUCGUUCUUCUUCGUGGUCUGGAACGUAACCCUAACAGGUUCCGUCGUGUUGUUCAUGGAUGGACCGACCCUGGCGCAUCAGGGCUACUGUGUGUUCUACGCAUCCAUGUUUGUCAAUUACCUUCUCGGGAUCAUGCGACCGACGUUGAUUCUUUGGGUUGCUGUGGUGUUGCUUGGGUUCUGGGACCUGUUUGCUGUGUUGUGUCCUUGUGGUCCGUUGCGGAUGUUGGUGAACACGGCGCAGACUCGCGGUGACAUGGAUAGCAAGUUCCUUCGCGCGUUGGUGUAUUCCGCGGCGGUUCUUCUCGCGACAGAAUCGGGUACCAUGGAGACCGAGAAAGAGGAAGAAGAAGAAGAGCGCGGACCGAAGCUGGGAUUGGGUGAUUUCAUAUUCUACAGUGUGGUGAUUUGUCUGAGUAGGGUUGACAGUGGCUACUACAGUGUUCUUCUGUCGUACAUUGUGAUCUUGUUUGGGUUGAUGUGCACCUUGGUGAUCCUGGUGUUACUUGCGAAACCGCUUCCCGCGUUGCCAAUACCCAUCUUCUUAUCGGUGACAGUGUUCUUCAUCUAUCGGUACAUGGUUGCCGAGUUCCAUGACAAAGUGAACGCGGUUCAAGUGUUCCUGUGA